GAGGCGGUGGACUGUGGUCGGCUGGUGUGUGCCAUGGCGGAGCCGGUGAGGAAACGGGGCCGCCGAUCCCGGGGCGGCGGAGUCGGCCGAGGGGCUCGCGGGUCUCGGGGCGGCCGGGGCCGGCGUCCUCGCGUCCCUCGGUCUCCAGGCCGGCCCACCCUGGACUCGGUGUUUGUGGACUUGGUCAGCGACAGCGACGAAGAUAUCCUGGAGGUCGCAACAACGCGCAGCGCUGCGGACUCGGUCGAAGUCCCUCACCUGGAGCCCCCAGUGCCGGCUGCCCCCCGGGACGACAGCGACAGUGACAGCGAAGGGGCGGACGCACCGCCCGCCGGAGCCCCGCGGGCCCCGGUCAGGCGGCGGCGGCGGCUGCUGCUGGAUCCGGGGGAGGCACCGGUUGUUCCGGUGUACUCCGGGAAGGUGAAAAGCAGCCUUCAUCUCAUCCCAGAUCACCUGUCCCUCCUGAAACUCUGUCCUCCAGAAGCUGAGGAAGAGGCCGAUAUGGCAGAUUCUAGCAGUCCGCAUGCUGAAGAUGCCCCGUUUCCAGAUUCGCCCUGGAAGAAGAAGCUGAGGAGUAGAGAUGCAGAAGAGAAGACAAAGGAGGUGUUUCUGUUUCAAGACACCUCUCCUUUGUCUCCGCCUCCUCCGAGAACCAAAAGCAGGAAGCAUACUCGGGCACUCCAGAAGUUAAGGGAGGUGAACAAACGCCUGCAAGAUCUCCGUUCCUGCCUGAGUCCCAAGCAGCGCCAGGGCCAAGAUCACCAGAACCAAGAGGAUGAGGUGGUCCUAGUGGAGGGUCCCACCCUUCCAUCGAGCCCCCGGCUCUUCCCACUGAAAAUCAGGUGCCGGGCUGAUGUGAUCAGGUUGCCCAUGAGGAUGUCGGAGCCCCUACAGAGUGUGGUGGACCACAUGGCCACCCAUCUCGGGGUGUCCCCAAGCAGGAUCCUUUUGCUCUUCGGAGAGACAGAGCUGUCCCCUACUGCCACUCCCAGGACCCUAAAGCUUGGAGUGGCUGACAUCAUUGACUGCGUGGUGCUAGCAAGUUCUCCGGAGACCUCAGAGAUGUCCCGCCUGCUCCAGCUGCGGGUGCAGGGCAAGGAGAAACACCAGAUGCUGGAAGUCUCGCUGUCUCCGGAUUCUCCUCUCAAGACCCUCAUGUCCCGCUACGAGGAGGCCAUGGGACUCUCAGGCCACAAGCUCUCCUUCUUCUUUGAUGGGACAAAGCUUUCAGGCAAGGAGCUGCCCGCUGAUCUGGGCAUGGAAUCUGGGGACCUCAUCGAGGUCUGGGGCUGAAACCCCACGCCCUGUUUUGACGUGCCGCCUGGACUUGGGGGAGGACAGCUGCCCCUUUUGGCCCUGUAUGGGCUUAUCUUUAAGCUGAAGCAAAAUCUAGCAGCGAACUUUGACCCCCUCUCCCGUUGACCCUGGUUUCAAGCCGUUAGUUACUUGGUUAGUUGUGUGGUUGUUCUUGCCGUCCUGGGUGGACUGUGGCUCCGCCCACUGGGUAUGCUGCGUUCGCAGCCCCCCAGGACACAGGGAAGGUAUCCCUCACUCCCACCGAGCCCCUUUCCUUCCUGGAAAUGUUUUUAUGCAAGUGCUCCUAUUUAGAGCGACUGGGAAUAAACGAGGGGUGGGUGUGGAUUCCAGGCCUGGGAUGUCUGGGAGUUGGGACCAGCAGUGGCCCCAGGAGGCUAGCAGGUAAAGUUUGAGGCACCUACACGAGUGUGGUUCCCCGGCCUGCAGGAAGAUAAAUGGUCCAGGCCCCACACGCGCUCACUUAAGCCCAGGCAGACAAGGUCUAGUGGAUCCUCAGCUUUGGAUGUCUUCCUCACCCCAGGACCCUUUAUAGGCACCUUCCUGAGGCACACACGUUGUUUAAGACAUAAUUGAACACCUCGAGCUCUUUUUGUUUGGAUCUCCCGAUGCUAGUCCACGAGAGGCUUCUCUGGUUUUACGGCUGUCUCUUCCCUGCUCAUGCCAGCCUAAGCACCCAUUCGAGUGUGCGGAUCGCGCGUCUUUGAAUACAAACGCAUCUUCGUAAGA